CUGGGUGCGAGCCGAGCGAGAGCUGACAGCGGCGGUUCAGCUGGAAACGGUAAACUACGCGAUCCGUCUGAUUGAGGAGGAUUUUCCGUGAAAUGUCUGUGAGGGUGAAGAUCAGGACAUGGCAGGAGCGAGACCCCGUUCGGUAUUGGCGGAGGCCCUGAAUGCGCAGAGCAUAGACCAGCUGCGCCGAAAAUACGUGCUGCCCGAAAAUUUCGCUGAAAACUUCCUCAAGUGUCUCUCCGCUGGUAUCGAAUCUCUGGAGCCGAGUUUGUGCCUUCUGUCGAAGGUGACUUUCAAAAACGAGCAUCAUGACCCCUUGCAGCUAUUCGCCUUGUGGCGAAGGGUACUCCAUGAAUUCAGAGGAACAGCCUUCAUCGAAGCGAAUUUCCUCAAGGCUGCCGCCCGAGUGUGUGGGAUCAACGGUCUCCCGGAGGUUCUCAAAUCCUCCGUAGAAUUCGAAGCCUGCUACGCCGUACUGAUCUCCUCGAUCUCUUGUGGUAGGAGGCUCGAAUCCGACUUCCUAUCGAAGCUGGCAUCGGUGAAGAGGCGACUCUCUGAAAUCGAAACUAUCGAUCUGGCCGAGAAACUCUUGGUUCACAACAGUUCUGAUUGGCCCCUGCUCAUAGUCAUGUUUCCGGGUUUACUUGGCGUAAUGCUCGUCUUGGACUACGGAGAUGGAUCGUUUACUACGCAAGUACGAUCCUUGAGCGAUCAGAAUGAGAGAUUCAAAGACAUACUCGACAGAUGUCAAACUUCGUGGCUUCAGAUGAAAUAA